AUGAGUCCACAGCAGAACCUGGGAGAUGACGAAGCUGGGAGGCUGAAAGCUUUGCAGAUAGCUAUGAUGCUUGCCCUCCCAUUCAGUUUGAAAGCUGCUGUGAAUUUAGGUGUACCCAAAAUUUUGGUGGACGCAGGUUCUGGAGCUGACCUUACAGCUGAAGACAUUGCGACGUCCAUUGCCAAGCUCUUGGACCGCUGUGCAGAUGCCACAAAUUUGGACCGCAUCUUGAGAGUUUUGGCAUCGCACAACGUCUUGACAGAGAUUGUAUCGAAGAAUGGCAAUGACUCCGACUGUCCUCAGAGGAGUUAUGGACCCACUUCAACUCUCAAGUAUUUCACUGAUAACGAAGAUGGAGUUUCGCUAGCUCCAUUUCUUCUUAUGGCCACUGAUACUGUUAUCCUACCAACCUUUCAAUACCUUCACUUGCCAGUUCUGGAUUACGCUGCAACCGAUGCUAGAUUUGACAAGCUGUUUAAUAAAGCCAUGCAUGAUCACACACACAUAGAAAUGUCGGCAUUACUGAAGAAGUACAGAGGCUUUGAGACCUUGACCUCAUUAGUCGAUGUCGGCGGUGGGUUGGGUGCUACAUUGGCCAUGAUUCUGUCCAAGUAUCCGAAAAUACGCGGAAUCAAUUUCGACCAACCACAUGUUGUAGCCGACGGGCUGCAAGUGCCAAAUUUGGAACUCGUUGGUGGAGACUUCUUUGCCAGUGUGCCUGAAGCCGAUGCUGUAUUCAUGAAGUGGAUUUUGCAUGAUUGGGAUGACGAACAAUGUGUCAAGAUACUGAAAAACGUCUGGAGAGCUUUACCUCCUCAUGGCAAGGUCAUCAACCUCGACUACGUGUUGUCAGACAACUCAGAUCCAUCCCCUGCAACCAAGAUCUCCUUAUGCACAGAUAUUUCAAUGAUGGCAGUCAACUCAAAUGGAAGGGAACGUACUCUUGCCCAGUUCAAGAGGCUUGCAGCUGAUGCAGGAUUCAGAAGAAUUGAAUGUGUUGCACAAAUAGAUGAUCUGUCACUUCUUGAGUUUUACAAGAAUUGA